AUGGAGACAUCACGCUACCGUGACCGCUUAGGAACGCUGAAAUGGGUCGACCCACGCAUUGGCACCAAUGGACCCGAUCCAUCAGAGUACGGCGGGAUGGUGCCUUCCGUGGCCCUGCCUUUCGCUGGCGUUCGCACGGUUCCGAUGACGCGGGAGAAUCUCGUCUCCGGAUGCGCCUACCACGACAAUGAUACCCACAAUAUUGGCUUUCUUGCCAGUCGUCAGCCUGCCAUCUGGAUGGGAGACUACGGCUUUGCAACCGUCUUUGCGGGGCACGGCGUCGUCAAGCUCGCGAAGCAUGACAGGAGUCUCAAGUUCGAACGCUCGCAGGAGUACGUGGCGCCAUUCAAGUAUGCCGUCAAAAUGGGUAACUCAAGCUCAGAAGAGAUCUUUGCCGAACUGGUCGGUAAAAGCCGGGCUGCCAUGGUGCAGUACACUUUCUCCCCGGCUGGCAAUGGCAGCACGAGUAAGGGCGAGACCGUUCCCGAUUCGCCCCAUAAAGCUGUACAAUCGAUUACUGACAACAACAGCUCUCACUGGGGACCUUUCAUCGGAGUGCAAGCCUCGCGAGAGCAAUGGCGCGGGGGCGUUCGUAUCAAUGUCGAGAAGGGCGAGAUUUCGGGGUACAACACCGAACGUAUGGACUAUCGCCUAGGUCCGCACGAGGCAUCUGGGUUUCGAGGAUACUUCGUGUAUCGCAUCGAACAUCAACGCAACGCAGGUGAGGAAUGGCUCACUGGGUUUUCUAGCGACGGAGUCGGCACAGCACACACAAACGCCACGGGCAUCGCACUGCAUCCGGGUGAGUGUGCUCGCUGGAACGAGCUUGGUGUCUACGCAUUCGUCCGCUUCCCCGUCGAUACGACCCGAGUCCGUGUCCGUUUUGGGCUGAGUCUCAUUUCGGAAGAGCAAGCUCGCUACAACCUGGACGUCGAGAUACCGAAUGGCACCGCGAUGGAAGAGGUCGUAGACGAGCUGAUCGAUGCAUGGAAGAGCAAGACGGACAGGAUCCGGGUAGAAGGCGGCACAGAAGCUCAAAAGCGCAUCCUCUACACCGGCAUCUUUCACGCAUCGCAGUAUCCAGCCGAGCAUGCCGAGCCAAUCCCUCACAGUGAUGGUGGCAGCCACAGCAACGGUAACAUGUCAACUCUACGAUACGACAAAGAGGACAAGCACACAUACCACUACUACUCUGGCUACACCGACAGCGUCCACAAGGUCAAAGAGGGACUACAGCGCUACCAGUCCUGGUCUAUCUGGGACAUCUACCGUGCUCAAUGGAAUCUUCUUAUCCUCUUCGAGCCGGAGCGGGUGGUGGACAUGGUCCGUUCGCUCCUCGACAUCUACGACGAAUCUGGCUUCUUGCCCAUGUGGUCGACACUGGCAGAAACCAACAUCAUGAUCUCCACGCAUGCCGACUCUCUGAUCGCAGAGGCGGCCGUCAAAGGUGUCAAAGGCUUUAACAUGGACAAAGCAUGGCAGGCAGUCCUCAAGGACGGCACAAUUCCACCAGAAAGGGAGUUCGAGCUUCGAUACGAAGACCGAGAAGAGUACACGCCGUUGGAGGUGCGCGCUGGGCUGACGUUCUACAACGAGUCAGGCUAUGUGCCUCUGGACGGCUGGUCGGAGUCCACCUCUCGCACUCUCGAUUAUGCCUACGACGAUCACGCCAUUGCUGUGUUGGCGGAUAUGCUGGGCAAGGAGUCUGAAGCCGAGUUCUUUCACAGCCGUAGCAAGAACUAUCGUCACGUCUUCGAUCACGGUCAGGGCCUCAUGGCAGCUCGGCUGAAGAAUGGCACCUUCCUCGUCCAGCCGCUACCGGACCCACGUGGUCGCCAGGAAGGAUUCACGGAAGGCAAUAGCUUCGACUACUCUUUCGAUGUGGUUCAAGACGUACCUGGGCUGGCGGAGCUCGUGGGAGGCAGGGACAAGCUGGUCGCCUUGCUCGAUCGACACUUUGGAGAGGGGCACAACGAUCAAUCCAACGAGCCAUCGCACCACAUCCCGUAUCUCUACUCGCUACUAGGCGCGGCAUCCAAGACGCAGCGUCUAGUGAGGGACAUCUCACACGAAGGCUACAGCGACCAGCCUGAUGGAUACGCCGGCAACGAGGACUGCGGUCAACAGAGCGCAUGGUACAUCUUCAGCGCGAUGGGUUUGUAUCCUGUCAAUCCAGUGUCAGGCGAAUACGUCGUCUCGUCGCCGUUCUUCGAGCGCAUGGACAUUUCGAUACCGGCGAGAGUGGAAGAAGGCAAGCAGGGAAGGGCUGCCCAUCUGCGCAUCGAAGCGCCAGGCUCAGACGAUAAGCAUGUCUAUGUGGCAAACCUGACGGUCAACGGACGUUCGAUAGAGCAGCCAAAGCUGAAAUGGUCGGAUCUCUUAGCAGGUGGAACGUGGAAAUUCGGGCUCGCAAAGACACCCCAGCAGUGGGGCAACGACCCCUCGCCCCUUCACGCAUGA